GAACGCCGAAACCGAAGACAAACUUGUUUUAGAAAUGCUGGAUGCUUGUUAAAAAUCUCAACAGAUGGAGUGUCGUGUGAACACCGUCUGCUCGAUAGAUUGUCGCGAACCUUAGAACUUACAAUCUUACUCAAAGUGAAGCAAUUACCAUGGAAAUGGGUUCAGCAAAAGUGGAAGCUCCCACAAAAAGAACGUCUGGUGUCCAAUCACUUUCCGCAUUGUGUAUAAAUACCGUCGUGAAAGACCUCGAGCGAUAUCCUGCCGCUGCUUUUGGGAUUGUUGAUGAGUUUCAGUGGGAUUGUAUCAUUAAGCUUCGUUAUAAAAAAACGAAGCCCCUCAAGGGAAGAGGAGGGAUAGAUGGGAGUGGCCGUUUGCAUCCGGCGGUCACGGAUAAAUUUAUGAUUGAAGUGGAAGAACAAAAUCAUCAUUUGAGCAAAUCAAAAAUAGCAGAUAAACUUGCAUGGAAGGACAUCGUGGAAUACAAAUUUAAGAAAGGUGGACUUUCACGACCGAAAGGUUUACUCUAUCCCUGGCCCGUUUUACUGCAACGAAUUGAAGAUUCUGGGAACGGACUUUCCGAUUGCAUUAAACUGGUAGCAGAAGAAGGUGAAUCCAAAGUUGCUGAAAAUCAGAAAGCAAUCGCGUCGACACUUCGUGCCAUCAAAACAUUAUCAGAAUCACCGAUGGAUAUGAAUCUUUUGAAGAACACUGGGAUAGGGAAGAAAGUGAAAAAGUUUCUUAGCAAGUCAACGAGACUAGACUUUCUAGAUGAACCUUACGUAUACUCUUCUGGAAAGGAUAUACGCAAAACGCCUCGAACCACKUUAGAGCAAACACUCCAAUCCUGGAAAGAUUUGGCAGCCGAUAGCGGAGUGAAAAUGAAACCUGGAGAAGCUCGAUCGAGAGGAAAUUCUACGGCAUCCACAACUGCGUCGAUAUUAACAGCUGCAAAAAAGUGUGAUUCCUGGCGAUCACUGUACCACACGCUCAGGAUUCACGACGAGGACAGACGGUCGAGGCAGGGUGAAAAGAUGAGAGAACGACGACGGCGUUUGAAUACGGUGCGGCCAAAGAUCGUAAAGGUUCAUCAURCAUCUUCUAGACAAGAAAGAAUUCUGAACAAAUCCAGAUUUGACAGCAGUCCUUCCCGAAAUAGUCAUCCUUCCGGUUCUUCUGACAAAAUGCGACAGCUUCGGAAGGAAGCUCAGGUAACAUCGACCAGACGCGGUGGAGCCGUUUYGGCCGCAUCUGUGGCUGCAGCCCACAAACGAGCAACCGGCUUUGGGGCUGCAGUGGCGUUUGCGUCGGCGGGGAAAAAGCCCACGCGUGUGCGGAAAACAGCGCCGGUGACAAAAACCGUGACCUUGGCCGGUGGAAAACGACUCGCUGUUCCAGACGCGAGGACUGUCGGAAGCGUCAACGUUCAAAAGAGAUUGAAAAUGCUCAAGAGGGGUCAAACAUCCUUUCGCUCUGGACUCAAUCGAUGAAAAUAGUURUGAUGUCGCCAUCUUUUAAUGCACUACUAAUAACAAACCUGGACAGAGGCGAUAAAUUUUUUCGUACUAUUAAUUGCUAGGUGGUAAUAAAACUUUUCUCUCAGUAUCUUCCACGCCCGCCACGUCCACGCCCUCUGCCGCCRCCACGACCGUACGAGAAAGAAGCMAUAUUAUUCAAUUCGGGUGGGAUGUUUUGUUCGGUUCUUUUCAAGAUAUCCAAGAGAUCUUUGGCCAUGCGACCAUUCUUUUCUGCCACGAAGAACGACACGGCAGUUCCUUUUCUCCCCGCACGACCGGUACGACCAAUUCGAUGGACGUAGUCCUCCAUGUUGCUGGGCAUAUCGAAAUUCACGACCAUUCGAAUGUCGUCAACAUCCAAACCUCUUGCAGCGACGUCUGUGGCGACCAGUAGAGUGCUUUGGCAGCUCUUGAACUCGCGAAGGGCCCAAUCACGCUCCUCUUGGCUCUUGUCCCCGUGCAUUGCUCGUGCUUGGAAACCAUCCAUGCGCAGCGAUCUCGUCAGCAUGUCGCAUCCUUUUUUCGUCUCCACAAAAACAAGAACACGAUCUUUCUGCGUCAAGUUUUCACGCAGGUACUUGAGAAGAGAGCGGUAUUUGUCUGGGUCUUGACAAACUUCAAUGAUUUGUGUCACAUCCUUGUUACCAGUUAGAUCUAGAGAUCCAACCGUGACUUGGUAAUAUUCAUCCAAGUAGUCCCGUGCCAGAUUUUGGAUCUCCUUCGGCCAGGUGGCUGACCACAUCAGCACCUGACGAUCAGGACGAAUCUGACUGACAAUCUUGCGGAGUUGCGGUUCGAAUCCCUAUACAAACGUAAAUCCGAACAUUUGGYAAUCAAACAACCGUCAGGAUACUGGGGACAAUCGUCAUUAUCGAUAAUCUCGUGUAAACAAAAAUGGCGCAGUACGAUGAAGGUGCUAUUACUUACCAUAUCAAGCAUACGAUCUGCCUCGUCGAGAACAAGAUACGUCACUCGUUUAAGGUUCGUGUUUCCUUGGUCGAGAUGGUCGAUCAAUCUACCUGGUGUUGCAAUGACGAUUUCGAUUCCACUCUGUAAAUCUUGAACCUGUCUUCUCUUCGGAACACCACCAUAGACAACAGUAUUUCUGAUAUCGCUGGAUUUUCCAAAUUUGUCGCAUUCCUCCUUGAUCUGAACCGCGAGCUCUCGCGUAGGAGCGAGGACCAAUACAAUGGGUCCCUCACCGGGCUUCAGAUAGGGCUACAAAUUGCAA